UUUAGCUUUUACUACGAUAAUUGUACACAUUUAUUUUCCUGUCAUCGUGGCCACGUCGACGUUGUUCAAGAAAAGAAGAAAGGAACAUUCUAGAGAUUAAAAUACACGUACAAGUUGCUUAUGUACGUACAUGUCUUGUUAAAAAGAAAAGUUUGACAUUUCGGAUUUUAUCUUGAUUUUAGGUAGAACCUUGAUCCAAAAGAACAUACGGCUUUUAUAUAAAUAUAGUUAGUAUACGUUCAUCAUGGCUUGUAACAGUAUGUUACUUCUAUGUGUCAUGCUCAUGGUUUGUAUUACAGUGUCCCUUGGUUUGGAGAAGUACCCAUUGUUUCCUGAUAGAUCUAAACCCCCAGGGUUAAACAACCCACAAAAAUUAUGGUGGGCAAAAGAGUUAACCCCAGAUUUACACGUCGCAGGUCGGUUAUCAGAACGUCAAAUGAAGUAUACCAUGGAGUCGGGGUUUAAGAGUAUUUUAUCACUGUUCUUCUAUGGCGACAAUGAAGUUGGUGAUUUCGGAGGAGAAAAAUUACCAAUCACGAAGCAGCAGCAAGAUAUUGCGAAAUCGAUAGGAAUUAAUUUCACGUUCGCUCUUGGACCAGAUGAUGACUGGUGCAGUGUUAAAGCAGUCGAAAAAUUUGCACAAGUUUUGUCAACGCUGGAACAUCCUGUUCUGCUGCACUGCGAUCGAGGUUACACAAUUACAUUCGUUGCAUUGAUGCAUUUGGCUAAUUUAACUCGUCACGACAAAAAUUUUGAACCAAAAAUAAACAGCCAGCGAUUUUACGACAUAUGUGCUGCUAUGGGUCUGAAUUUUACUCAGGAUUUUAUGAAAGACGUGGUUGCAGAAAUAACCGGGGAACCGGUUGUCGAAAAUCCAACAGCUCCUGAUGCCAUUCCUCCAGAAUGGUUAGACUACUGGCUCGGUCAUCCCGUAUACAAGAACUGGUAUUCCUCAGGUCAGGUUACGCCAUCUCAAAUUAAAGUUUUAGAAUUCAUCGGAAUUAAGUCUAUAAUAAAUAUGCGGGCAGGUGUGAAGUUUGGCGACAAGCCCACCCAGGAAGAAGUGGCUCUUCUCAAUAUCAAGGCCGAGACGGGAACUUACGGAGAUGAGACUCAUCCGCCCCGACAGACGGUACAGAGACUGGAAGAAACGAGAAUUGACCCGAGUCGUCCCAACACCUACAUAGGGGAGUCAUCUCCGGUGAAUUAUGAAGCUAAAAAUCCUGAGGAGUUUGGAGAUGAAAUUGGUUACAACGAGGGCUUGGAACGAGAAGCUUUCAAGAAAUCACCCAUCAAGUACCAUCACAUUCCCUGGCCUUCACAUCUUAUGAAGGACGAGAGAGCGAUAACGUUCUUUGAGGAGAACCUGAGUGAGAUUGCUAAAAUAGGAAAACACGGACCAGUGUUGAUUCAGUGCAGAACUGGAAAACGAGCAGCGUAUUUUGCUGUGGCGGCAGCUGCUGUGCAGUACAACAAGACUCUGGACUGGGCGCUGACGAGGUUGCGAGAACUUGGAUUCACAGUGUCCGCGAAGAAAGAGCCGUUUAUCUACCAGAGUUAUGUGAAAGUGCUCUCCAACCAUGACGAACUGUAAAAAGCAAACACAGUCAGACCUGUUGGUAAAGGACAGCUAAUUAAUGGUUUACUAAAAGUGUGUGAACUAGUCCAUGUUAUAAGGGAAAUACCGUAGAUUCUUAAAUAGAGGCCACGUUUCAGAGUGUCUUGAAAAAAAUAGAGGUGUGAAUUUUAAUUUAGUUUUUGAAAAAUUUAUUUAAAAUAAUUAAUUUUGAAUCCAAUUAAUUUUAGUGUUAAAAUUAUCAUUCGUGAACAUUUUAGGCCCUUUUUGGCCUUUUUCUGCUUACUGAAUGAAUUUUAUCAUGAAAAAAAAGAAAGAAAAGAAAUCAGUUUUUUUGGUUGGUACAUAAUGUGUUGUAUAUUCAAAAUAUUUAAACAGUUAUUGUGUUACAGUGGCUUUUAUUAUAAAGCAUUCAGUGUAUGCGGUAAAAUACAUACAUUUUUAUAUGGAAGGAAUAUAUAUAUAUAAUUACAUCUCAGUACUAAUCAAGGUUACUUUUAUUUAUAAUCCUUGGUAGACCUGGGGUUGCGAACAGAUUUGUAAACUUUUCCGUGGGAAUAUGUCUUUAAGACAUGGAAUCAUGAAAUUUACCAUUAGUCUGUCAUCUUGUGUAAACCUGAAUUACAUUUUCAAAUUGUAGGGAGAGGCCUUAAUAUAGCCAUUUUGCCUGUUGGCCAAUCCCCAACCAGCAUUAUAAAUGGGAAUAAAUAUUGUUUAAACCAUAUAUAAUUACAUAUCUGAAAUGCCUUUGCUAGCCAGGUGAUUGUUAUCAAGAGAGUCCUUUAUUCUAAAACUUUUUACUAAUGUCAAAAUAUGUACGGGUAGGCUUUUUACUAAAAAAAUCUUUAUUUCCCCAGAGUGUUUUGUUAAUCUUAAAAUUGAUGGUGGGUGUGAGGUUUGUACUAACAUGUUUCAAGGGAGAGGGCAGGUUUUUUUUACGGUACUGUAUACUUUUACACAACUCACCAUUUUUCUUCACAGGCUCAAAGCAACAACGCCAGUCCAAUAGAUUUGCAACCAUUAAAUUUUGCUCAAAACACGGUUCUUUUUUAUCUGCUAAAAAUGAGUCAAACGUGGCUUGGUAUUCCAGUUCACAACAUUUAUUUCUUGCCUAAAGCAUGACUGAAUAUUAAUCCACUGAUUUUACUGAUAACAAAUAAACACCACAGAUAUCAGUGGCAGAUCCAGAAAAUCCAUUGAGGUGGGGGUGGGGCUGCCCCAGUGACAUGAGGCAGAAUGCCAAGGGAACUUUUGGGGAGGUUUGGAAGGUGAUCGUAAAUAUUUUUAAAAAAUUAAUACUGUAUAUAAUAAAAUUAUAACUGUCACAAAAUUUAGGGGGGACCUGGGCCCCUGGGGCACCCAAUAGAUCUGCCUCUGGAUAUGUGGCUACAUGUAUAUAUUCAUACCAUUAAAGAGAAGAUCGUGUCACAAUUUCUGUAUUGACCGCAGACUCAAAACCAUAUCCAACUUUGUCUUCCUUAUUAAGUCCUGUUAAAGAGGUGUGCCAAAUAGCCAUUGAAUAAUGGAGUUCAGUUCAUUCAGUCGUGCAGAUGAUGUCACUAUUAAAAAAACGUGAAUACUGAUAAAGUAUAUGUCUCACAUUUAAUGGCAGGAUGUCACUGGGUUGACGGGAAGGGAUUGUUGUUUCAUAUCAUUAUACUUAAUUUUUAACAUUGUUUACAGGUAGUUCAACAUUAUGGACAUAUAUAUACAUAUACAUAUACAUAUACAUACACAUACACAUACACAUACACAUACACAUACACAUACACAUAUACAUAUCUUAAGCAUAUGGAGAAACAUUUUAGAUGGCCACAACAUUUUAUCUUCUAUUCAGCAAUUAUUUUUAAUACUUGUAAUGUAUAUUUUACCACCCUUUGGUUGUUUUCCUAUUGACAAAAGUGUGUGGUAAAUCUGUAUUACUGCACACUUUUUAAACCCCACCUCUCAAUAAGCCAAACUUCUUAUCGCGCCAUACAACGUCACUUAGGGGCAGGGCACAUGUCUUGUUUCCUCUUAAACUAACUCGUUGUUUUGCAUUGUUAUAUACACACUUUCAAUGUUGUGAUUGACAGGAGAUAAAUGUUUGUGCUGUGCAUUCAGAACGCUCAGCUGUCAAUCAAAAGAUUAUAAAAGUGUACAAAUAACCAUGCACACAAGUCAAAAGUUUAUCAAGUAACUUUAACUUGUACAGCUCUGGGUGAGAUGGGGGUGGGGUGGGGGGGAGGGUGCUAUUUUUAGAACAUGAUUUUUAGUCCAGCUUUACGGACCUGUUAUUAUGUGCAUGGGUUCCAAAUACCAGACAAUAUUUUUGAUUGACUGUAUAUUUUUAUUAUUCCAUUUGACAAUUCAUGCUUUCACUUUCAGAUUGUUUCUGAAUGUUACACAAUCACACGGAUGGAGGGGAGUACCUAAUUGUUGAGUGUUAUUUUAUUCAGAAUAGGUUUUAGUACACAUUCUUAGUUAAAAAUGAAAGAAAAUGUUGAAUGUUCCUACCAUUUUGAUAAAAUUGUUCCACUUGGCAGUUCUAGAGUUUAUUUUCCGAGAUGUUUUAUAAAUGUUAUGUAGAUUGUUUUAACAGCAUUACCAUAUUUACAAUUUAUGCAAACAUUUUUAUUAUUCAAUUUCUUCAACUUACAACUGACCUUUUAUGAUGUCCAUUAAACACUAAUUGUUAAGGCUGUUUUUUUAUGUGUGCAGUUUUUGGCAUGAUAGGGGUCAUGAAAUGCAGAAAAUGGAUGGAUCCAAAAAACUUAAUUCUGUAGUUAUAAGUUGCAGUGAUUGUUUACUGUGAAUCCAUUUUACACAUCCAUUUUCUGCAUUUCACGUUUACAAACUUUUAACUUAAUGUGGUUUCUGUGUAAACAAUCGUUAAAGUUUUAUACUAUUAUAAAUUUUUGGAAAUCAUUUAGUAACUCAGAAUCAGUGUUAUGAUGAAGAAAAAAUAUAUAUUCAGUCAGACCUCAUUACAACGACUGUCGUUACUAUAUUUUUUCAACAUCCAACUACUAGUUGUUUUAAAUAAAUGUACAGCAAAUUUAUUCUGUACAUACACUAGAAUUCACACUUUCCAACAGAGUAAAUUAGGAACAAACGUACAUCAGACUUCUGAGAAAUUCAGAAAUUUCUCUUUUCAAGAUCAUUACAUAAUCAAAAAUAUCUAACAGAUUAAAUGGAGUACCUGUUCCUGUCCCAGGACUGUUCACUGGCGAAGUCAGAGCCCAAACCUGGGAUAGGCGUGCCUGAACCUUUUGGAUAUAGGCACGUUAAUAGAGUUCCUGCUUCUUACUGUCGGUGAUCAAAAUUAGCAGAACACAUGCAGGCAUCUUAAUGGCAAGGGAGAUAACUCAUGCCAUAUUUGCUAUAAAGGCAUAUCAGUUAUAUGAAUGCACAUAGUUGUUGUAACGACGUCUGACUAUACCUUUGGUCAGUAACUUUAACCAUACAGUAACUGACACCAUAUAACCAUAACUAAAAUGUGUUGAGUGCAUCGUUAAAUAAAACAUUUCCUUUCCUUAACCAUACAGUGAUAUAUCAUUUUACCAUUCCAUACCUCACAUCCUCAUUUUAGAUUUUAAAGGUGUGUUUAUGAAUAUACAUAUAAAUUACUGUAAACAGGCUUUUCUAGUAAACAGUAUUGGUGUAUAAAUUUAUAUAUAUUAAGUAAUAUGAUUGUGUUCAUAUUGUAAGUUUUUGUGUGUUCAUAUUUUUAAGAGUUUGAUUUAUUUACACAUGGCCACAAAAGAAGAUUGUUUUAUGGUGUUAAGUAUAAAUGUAGAUUUAUUUUAUUUUUCUCUGUAUAGAAGAAACAAAAUAUUUGUCCAAAUGCAAUGGAUAUAGAGGAUAUAUCAUAUUUGACAACAAACAUGACAUUUUCUAUUUAUUAUAUAACUUUUGGCAAUUUACCUUUGUUUUAAAAUGCCAGCACAAAAUAGUUCCGGCUUUCUUACAGUGAAGAUAAAACCUUUUACAGUAACGAUAACACA